UAGUCCCCGUUCUUAUUGUAUCUGUAUUUAGUGAAAGUUUUCGGCGCGGGCUUUGUGCGUGUGGCGGCGUUUCCCCCCCCAACUCUUUCCCACCUUUUAUUCAGUACCCAUCAUCAACUAGAAAUACAGCAGGCGGUUAUUAGAUUACAAAUAAUUGCAGUUGAAUAAUUGUAGAAGAAAAGGAUGAAUUAUUCGGACUACGACUCGGAGGAUUAUUCCUCAAAUGAAGAUGAAGACUAUGUUCCCUCUGAUGACAAUCUGAGCGAGGAUGAUUUAAAUGAAUGUGAAAAGGAAGACGGCCUGGAGGCAGAGGAUCAAAGUGAAGCCCUGAGGGAGCAGGUCAAAAAGAAAAAGAAGUCAAGUAAAAGUCUUACUGCAAGAAAAAGGAAAAAAGGAGGACUGAAGCUGGAAGAAGGUGAUGAGAGUAACGCAGACAAACAGAACGAUGAAGAACCACAACUAACAGAUGAAAAACCAGUAAAAAAAUCUACCGAGGUUCACGAGGAACAGCAUAAGAAAAAGGCGGAUGAUCUUUGGGCGAGUUUUUUGAGUGAAGUCGGCCACAGACCUAAAGCCGAGACCCCCAGCUCGCAGCAGACCACAGCAGAUUCGGACAAAGUGGGUAAAUCCAGCACAGAGUCUCCACACAAAGAACCAAAAGCCACAGAGGCCUCCAGAAUUACAAUUACAAAGGUGUUUGAUUUUGCAGGAGAAGAAGUUCGGGUUACUAAAGAGGUGGACGCCAACUCACAGGAGGCUAAAAGCUUCCUGAAAAAGGAGGAGGAGGAGCCACAGACCACCAUGUCCAAAGCUUCAGCUGCAUCCUCUAUCACUCCUGGGCCCAGUGUGAAAAGACCAGCGGGGAUGGGCAGCAUCCUAAACCGUUUUGGAUCAAAGAAGCCCAAAAUGAGCACUCUGGAGAAGUCCAAACUGGACUGGGACACGUUCAAAGCAGAGGAGGGCAUCGGCGAAGAGCUGGCCAUUCAUAAUCGAGGCAAAGAAGGGUAUGUGGAGAGGAAGAACUUCUUGGAGAGGGUAGACCAGCGGCAAUUCGAGCUGGAGAAGAACGUUCGCCUAAGCAACAUGAAACGAUGACCAGAGUGGACAAUGUAUAAUGCAUACAUAAAAAAUCGUGGACUAUUUGUUUUGUUUUUUGUGGGGGUUUUUGUUGUUGUUUUUCUGUGGUAGCUCUGAUAGCACCUGUUUCUGAGCUCAGAUUUAAGUCCAUCAUUCAGUCAUGACUGGUCUUGUCUUCUGUACACUGAAAUGAUUAAUGAGGAAACAAUAAUGAAAACUAUAGAAAUAAAAAAAAUAAAACAAAAAUUAAAAAGGUGAUGAAAAGAACCAGAUUUACAUUUAAGAAGUGAAAUGUGUGUUAAAUCAGACGAGACACUUUUGGUUGUCUGAAUUUUGCUUACGAUUGUAGAAUAUUUCUUUAUCUAUCUUGCUUAAAGCUUUACACAGUUUUAUACUACCCACUGCAGUCUUCACUGCUUGCAAAUUUUAUUCAAUUUCUUUUCCUUCCUCUUUACUUGUCAUAUGACUAUUUUAGUAUUUUUCUUUCCCAGUAAUCUUUGAUAUUUGGAGAUGCCUGUGUUGUUUUUUGUUUUAUUAUAAUGCUUGUGUGCUAACACAGUUAUUGUAAGUGUUAUUGUUAUUAUGAUGCUAAUCACUUCCCUUUAUUUCCUUGUGCAAAAAUUUAAUUUGGUUAUCAAAAUAUAUUUUCUGCAUUCACCCAGUAGCUUACAAUCAUGUAAAAUGCAAAGUUCACAAAGCCCUUACUGGCACAAAAGCCUCUAAAUUUAUCAUCUCUGCAGAGCUUCAUGCUUUCCUGGGAUAGCACAUGAUUCGGCAUCUAUGUUUUUGACAAGUGAAAUGAUACUAAACUGCUUAUAACGUGAAAAGAUCUAAAAAACAUUGAGGAACCAGACCUGUUUAAUCAGCUACUUAACACAAGGUGGUUACUCAGGCUGUAAUUAUUCAUCUGUAUUAAUAGUCAUUGUCUUAACACCUUGGCGUUAUGUGUUCUUCUCAUCUGGUGUUUAAGCCCUUUUAUGAGGUGAGUCUAAUGUGGUAGAGAAUAGAAACCAUAGAAAUAUGCAGUGCAUUGGCUUUACAGCACAAGAGCAGGUUAUCUCCUGCUGACUUUCACUCUACGGCAUGAACAAAAGACCAACGUCAUCAGCCACAGCUUAAACUGCAAAAGCUACAGUCCAAGACCUUCAGAGGUGUUUACAGAACAAAUAAAAGGAGUGUUGAUUGUUUCUAUAGGCAUGUUGUUCCUAUUUUAAAGGUUUCCCCUGUUAAAGGUAGAUAGUAAUUACAUUUCCUGUGCUGUAAAAGUCUUUGACAAUUAAACAAAUCAUUUGUUUUUACUGAA